AAGCUGUGAAGGCAUCAUCAGACCUUGGAGAAGCUUGAGUCGAGAAGGAAGAAGGUGGCCGAUUUGAGGAAGCCUCACCACCGCUCUCUUUCGUCGGCGAGGGCCCUCUUUUAACUCACCGUAUCUCAAGCGCUCGGGGCAGAAAAGGAUUAUUUGAAAUAAAACUCAACUCCUUAUCCGCGAUGGCAGAGCAGAACAGCGGCGUCAGAUAUCAAGAGCUGGUGAAUGAGGAGGAGCCACUCCCGACAUCUCAAGAGGGUCCCGCUCCGGACGCACCGCCCCCCUACAGCAGCGUUGCCGCAGCAAAUGCAGCUUUCUUUGAAUACAAGGAAGAUGGCGGCAGAUUCCCUAACCCGCCGUCUUACAGCGUGGCUACCACUUUGCCAUCCUACGACGAAGCGGAGAGAAGCAAAGCGGAAGCCGCUGUCCCCCUCGUCACCGGGAGAGUUACGGAGGACGAUUUCGUGGCCCGAGAUGAUUUCGAGGAUGCCGACCAGCUGCGGAUAGGCAACGACGGCAUAUUCAUGCUCACUUUCUUCAUGGCAUUCCUCUUCAACUGGAUCGGCUUCUUCUUGUCCUUCUGUUUGACCACGUCAGCCGCCGGUCGUUAUGGCGCCAUCUCAGGCUUUGGCUUGUCCCUCAUCAAAUGGGUUUUAAUCGUCAGGUUUUCGACCUACUUCCCCGGCUACUUUGAUGGCCAGUACUGGUUGUGGUGGGUGUUCCUGGCCUUGGGCUUCAUGCUGUUCGUCAGAGGCUUCGUCAAUUACUCCAGAGUGCGCAAGUUGGCCGAUCCCACCUACGCCAGUCUACCCCGAACAAGGGUGCUCUUCAUCUAUUAGACAAGAGCCGCUCGGACGUAGAGGAGGAGGACGUGACGACAAUGCAGAAAUCACGAUGAAGUCGCCUCUCGGGCGAAUCAACCAUUCGGGGAAAUAUUUGACUUUUUGUUUGGGAUUGUAUUCACGGAAAGCAGUUAGCAGUACUCGUCCCUCGGUGUAGACAUUAGCGGCGCAUGUAAUCUCCAUCUUGUGUGUAAUGUUUCAUAUGUGAUGCCUUAAUAUUGGUUUGCUAGAAAUACAAGCAUGACUCUGGAAGUCGCGACCGAUCUUCACGAUUCAACAUGCGCCAUAGAAGCAUGCGGUUCACUAUAGCGCCACCUCAUGGUUUUAUUGUGACUAUUAUACGGGCUCUUUUCACUCAUUUGCACAAUUGUAAAUGACCACACCACAUUGCACAUUCAACAGUAAAUUAGUUAAUUCAUGUGGAAUUAGUUCCCACGGCUCAUUAGUGGUUGUGAAUCACUGGGUAAAUCUGAUUUAAAUUGUUUUGGGCUUUCAAGUCAAAUUGAGAUAAAAAAAACAACAAAAAAAACACAGUGACAAAUUAAUUAGAAAAGUUGGAAUAUUCAGAGUCAUUUACACUUGCAUUAGAAUAUACUUGUGGAGAUUUGACAUUUUCUUAAAUGGCGCCCGAACUGUGAUCGGAAUGUAACUUUGUUUUUCCUGAUGAUCUGAAAUUUACUUGUAUAUGAAAAAUGAGGUGUGAGGUGUUUGCCGUCUUGUGGGUAUAUCAACUUUUUUUCAAUGCACAUAUAACAAAAAUCAUUGGAUCUCAAGUCUAAACAAAAGCAGAAAGAUCGGAAUUGUGAUUUGCAUGUCAUUGAAGCACAAGUUUUUUUUUCCGCCUUAAUGAUUUCAACUUCAAUGUCACAGCUUUGAUGCUCAUUUAAAGUGAUGUAGAGCAACAUCUUUGAAAUUUCGUCGUUAUGACUGUACAGAAAGGAAUAUUUAGUUGAAUAAAUGUCACUUUAAAAUGCC